GAUGAUGGUGACGAAGAUGAUUGAAGACUGGUACGAGCCAAUGGCCAGAAGGGUUCCAAGGAGGGUUUGGCUAAGCUUCCGAAAAUCUCAAGGUCUCCUCGUGGGUGGAAAUCACACAUCCUCCAGGUUUUGCACUCGCUAAGUCGCAACUCUUUCCCUUUGUUGUUCAUCUCUCUCUCUCUCUCUGUUCAUUAAAGUCUCCUCUUUUGAACAAACUUUUGAUUUUCCCCUCAUUUGCAAGGGAAAACCCAGAAAUCUCUUUCACAGACCCUAUCUCGGUCGAUCGGAUCGGGGAUUGGGAACCAGGGUUUGGGAAAUAUCUGUUUUCUUAUGCGAUUUUCAGUAACUCAAACUCAAAUCAACACUCAAAACGCUAAGACGCAGAAUAUAAUUCAAAAUGGCUACUUAUGCUUUUAGACUGCAAGUUCUUCAUGGAACCUUGGCUAGGUGGGUGCUCUUUCGUGCUUUUCUGUUCGUUUCAGCUAUAACGAUUAUCCCUCUCCUCCAACUCCGCAAUGACGAGCCCGCCAAACUCCUUGCGGUGAUCUCUGAUGACUGCGUCCCAAAUGAUGAUGAUGUUGUUGCUUCUUCCAAUCCACAUUUUCUUCCGGGCGGUCACUUUCUGAAACCAGUGUCUACUUAUGUGGUUCCUUUUAUACCCUCACCCCUUUCGGUGGUAUCCUGUAAGGAAGAUGCCAACUUCACCUUCAAUUUGUUUAAGGAGCUAAUGGAUCGCCAAUUGUUGCAUUCUGGUGCUAAAGCUCUGUGUGUGGGAGAAGGUUCGGCCUCCGCCGUCUCGGCAUUGCAACACUUGGGCUUCUCUGAUGCUCUUGCAGCCGACCGACACCCGUUUUUCUCUCUUAUGAGGAAAAGGCUCAUUUAUGGACUUAAAUUCCAGGACCACUCUUUCGAUUUUGUUUUCUCCAGAGCUCUUGAUAGGGUGUCUGUCCCUGCUCUUCUUGUGCUUGAGAUUGAACGUGUCUUGAGACCGGGCGGUAUUGGAGCUAUGCUUGUUCGUGUCAGUAGUUCUAACCCUGGUAGCUUGAUAAAGUCUGCUGCUCCUGUUUCAUCAUUCCUGAAAAGUUCCAGUGUCAUUGAUGUACGUGGUUUCAACUUCUUUACAUUGGUUGUUUUCAAGAAAAGAUUUGAGGGUGUCAAUUUCUUUGAGCUCCCGGAUGAAUGCCCAUCCAUAACAAACAACAAACAUUUCAUGGAGUACUUAGAGCCUCUUUCAGAUGUAAAACCAGUUGGAACUGGAAUUCAAGGAAAUUUUUCAUUUUUAUCCCAAUUCAUGGAUAUCUCUUCUAGGAAGCGGUUGAUUUACAUAGAUGUAGGUGCAGAGGAUUACAAAAAUUGCAGCACGAAGAAUUGUUCCCUCCCCUUCUACCCUGCACAGUCCCGAGCCUUUGAUGUUUAUAUUGUUCAUCAUGACACGUCUUUGCUGGCUAGCUAUGUUAAAAAGCCUCGUAUCACUUUUGUUUAUCACCCAGGUCUAGCUGGGAACAUGGUUACUCCCAAUCCUAUUGGACAGUUAAGUUCAUUCUUGGAUGAAGAGUUUGAUUUUCUUGUUUGGUUUAAAGAAACAGUAUCAGCUGGAGAUUUUGUGGUGCUGAAGAUGAAUGCAAAAGGUGUAGAAUUGAAGCUGCUUUUUGAACUGUUGAAAGACGGAGCCAUAUGCCUUGUUGAUGAGCUCUUUCUUCAUUGCUCAGACAUCAUACGUGACCAAGCUGACACACAUGGAGACUGUAUGGAUCUCAUCAGGGCUCUCCGAAGUAGUGGUGUCUUUGUCCAUCAAUGGUAGUUGUGUUGAACUUCCAUGAGAAGUUUUCUGAAUUUUACAGUAUGAAUCAUUAUCAGACAUUCUUCUGUUUAAUUUCCUUUAAACUUGUUUCAGUUUCAAUAAUCUUUGUUUAAGUCCUGUUGAAGUUCCUUCUUUGGGCGGCACAGGGAUUAUCUACUGUACUCUGAUUUGUUAUCAUGCAACUAUUUAAUGGUUUAAUAAUCCUUUAUAUAUCUCGUUUGUUU